CGCAUGUGCAUAGUUGGUGAACCUUGAUAAAGACUUCGAGAGUUAAAAGUGAAGAAAACAAAAAGUCAAGCAAUUGUAAGCCAGUAAGUGCAAAGACAGCCGUAGCUCCACUAAGACUAAGGCCCAACCAACAAGCUGAAAAAGAUGUCAACUCAAUAUGUUAUUUCUAAGGUUGCUGGCAAAAUUCAUAAAAUUCUACUGAAUCGACCAACCAAGAUGAAUGCCAUGACUUUUGAGAUGUACGAGUCAGUGACUAAUGCUUUAAAGGAGGCUGCAUCCAACGAUACCACAAUUGCUGUUAUAACUGGAUCAGGUAAAUAUUUCAGCAGUGGUAAUGAUCUUUCAAAUUUCAGCAAAAUUGGUUCAACAGACAUAAGCACAUUUGCUCAGCAGAGUGGCCAACUACUCAAAAAGUUUGUUGAUGGCUUCAUUGACUUUCCCAAACCACUGUUGUGUCUGGUCAAUGGUCACGUGGUCGGCAUAUGGGUGUCUGUCCUGGCGCUCUUUGAUGGGGUCUACUGCACCAAAGAUGCCACAUUCCACUCUCCCUUCUCCCUCCUUGGUCAGACGCCCGAAGGAUGCAGUUCUUAUACAUUUCCUCGUCUCAUGGGAGCUGCCAGGGCCAACGACAUACUGAUGUUCAACAAGAAGUUAUCAGCAGAAGAUGCGCGGAGAGAUGGGUUGGUGACUGAGGUGUACCCCAGCGAGACAUUCGAGGCUGACGUUUGGAAGAAGGUCGAAGAAAUAUCAAACCUCUAUCCACAGACGUUGAGAGACGCAAAAUUUCUAGUGAGGAAUGCCAUUAAGGAGAGGCUUCACCAAGUGAAUGAGAUUGAAUGUGACGUGUUGGUCAAGAGGUGGCAGUCCGAGGAGUGCAUGGAGGCCAUCGUCAACUUCAUGACGAGAAAGUCUAAAAUGUAACGCUUGCCUGAUGUUAACCAGCCAAUAAGAAAAUUUAUUAACUAACAUCGUGCCUGUGUUAAACGUCAUGCUGUAUUGUUAUCGUUAUAUUAUUUUGUAUGAUAUAAACUGUAGUGUAUUAUCGUGAGGAUGUAACAAGAGCGCUAUAAAAAUAAUAAUAAUCAGUAAUAAUGUAUCUUUAGCGUAUAUAAUCAUGACUAACCAGAUACCAAAGUAUCGGAGUCGGAAAUUUUUGCCUGAGUCGGGAAUUUUUUGAUAAGCCUCACCAGAAACUAAGUAAUGCCAGAGUAUACACCCAUCACUGAGUGUGAUAAUCAUAUGAAAUACUCAAUAGAAACAUUCAAUAACCUUAAUAAUUAACCCACCUCUGAUUUUUUUAAAGAUUAGGAUCAAUUUAAAUUGAUAUUAUGAUGAAAAUAUUCAAAUAUUCAAAAUGCAGUAACCGUGUUUAAAAUAAUAAAUUCCAUCAUGUUAUGAAGAUCUCCUAAGUAUAUGUGUUAUUAUGCAGUUAUAAAGCUAUAAAGCAGCCAUAAGAAUUAUUAUUCGUAUUGAAUUAGCUCAACCAGGAUCGUUUUUAUGCAAUAAUCAACUUUAUAACUGCAUAUUCAAUCACACACACACAUAUAUAUAUAUAUAUACAUACAUAAAUGUAUAGUUGUAUACAAAUAAUACACACACGUACACACACACAUAUAUCAUAUUGAAUUCAUUUCAUGUCUGUAUGUAAAAAAAACUGCUAACAUG